AUGUUGACGCGCCUCUUCAGCGAACCCAGCUUGAUCCCAGAAGUUCAGAAAUUCUCCAGCUGGGCGGACGAUUGUGAAGAGGAUGAUUCGAGCGACAAAGAGGAGCAGAAAAGUAAAAGCUGCCCUCUUCAGGAGGACCCGAACGACUCGGAGGUAAAAGAGGAGAACGACCUGGGCGCUGAUGAAGAGGAGGAGGAGGAGGAGGAGGAAGGCAUUGAGGAAGCGGAAGGCGAUCGACCUAAGAAACGGGGCCCCAAAAAAAGGAAGAUGACCAAGGCCAGGCUAGAGCGCUCCAAGCUGCGACGCCAAAAGGCCAACGCCCGGGAACGCAACCGGAUGCACGACCUUAACGCCGCCUUGGACAAUCUCCGCAAGGUCGUGCCUUGUUACUCCAAAACGCAGAAAUUGUCCAAGAUCGAAACCUUGCGGCUGGCCAAGAACUACAUCUGGGCCCUGUCGGAAAUCCUGCGCUCGGGUAAGAGGCCGGACUUGGUCUCCUAUGUGCAGACUUUAUGCAAAGGUUUGUCCCAGCCGACCACUAAUUUAGUGGCCGGCUGCCUCCAGCUCAACUCAAGGAAUUUCCUUACUGAGCAAGGCCAGGAGGCCGGGAGAUACCACGGGCCCAACUCCAGCUUUGCCAUGCAUCCCUACACCUACCAGUGCUCACGGAUCUCCAGCGCUCAGUGCGCUUCCAGCACCAUGGCUAGCUCCCACGCCUUGCGGACGCACGCUUACUGUGCCACCUACGAGUCCCUCUAUGGGAACGCCUCGCCAGAUUACAAUAGCUCGGAAUACGACGGGCCCCUGAGCCCUCCGUUGUGCGUGAACGGGAAUUUUUCCCUCAAGCAGGAUUCUUCCCCCGACCACGAGAAAAAUUACCAUUAUUCUAUGCACUACUCCGCCCUCCCCAGUUCUCGCCCUUCCGGGCACAAUUUAGUGUUCGGAUCUUCGGGAAUGCGCAGUGGCGUUCACUCUGAGAAUGUUUUGCCUUACGAGAUGCACCUCCAUCAUGACCGAGGUCCGAUGUACGAGGAGCUCAAUGCUUUUUUCCAUAACUAG